AUGGUGCCAGAAAAUAGAAGGAAACAGCUGAUAAUUUUUAUCGUUAUCACAUAUUUGCUCACGUUCUAUUGCGUGUAUUCAGCCACCAAGACAAGUGUAUCCUUUUUGCAAGUAACACUGAAACUAAAUGAAGGUUUCAAUUUAAUGGUUUUAUCGAUAUUCAUCUUAUUAAACUCUACUUUACUAUGGCAGCUCUUAACGAAACUACUAUUUGGUGAACUAAGGCUUAUUGAGCAUGAGCACAUUUUUGAAAGAUUACCGUUUACCAUUAUAAACACCUUGUUUAUGUCCUCGAUGUUCCAUGAAAGGUAUUUUUUCACAGUGGCAUUUUUUGGGCUAUUACUACUAUAUCUGAAAGUUUUCCAUUGGAUUUUAAAAGAUAGGCUGGAAGCUUUGUUACAGUCAAUCAAUGAUUCCACCACAAUGAAAACUCUUAUCCUCAGUAGAUUCUCAUUCAACUUGGUACUAUUGGCGGUUGUAGAUUACCAGAUUAUAAUACGUUGCAUCUCUUCCAUAUACACAAACCAAAAGAUUGAUAUUGCGUCCACCUCCCUUUAUUUGAUGCAAGUAAUGGAAUUCACCAUGCUUUUGAUUGAUUUACUAAAUUUAUUCUUACAGACUUGUUUGAACUUCUGGGAAUUUUACCGCUCUCAACAAAGUCAAUCUAAUGAGAACAACCAUAUUGUCCAUGGCGAUCCUACAGAUGGAAACGGAGUUGAGAUUGACCAAUCUCAUGCAAUGCUGAAUGACGAUGAUGAUGAUGAUGAUAGACAAUUCACCGGCCUGGAGGGCAAAUUUAUGUAUGAAAAGGCAAUUGACGUUUUCACACGAUUCUUAAAAACGAUACUGCAUUUGUCGCUGCUAAUACCAUUUAGGAUGCCUAUGAUGCUUUUGAAAGAUGUGGUGUGGGAUGUCUUGGCGUUAUAUCAAAGUGCCACAGGUUUGUGGAAAAUCUGGAGAAACAACAAACAGCUUGACGACACUCUUGUCACUGUCACUGCAGAACAGCUACAAAAUUCUGCGAAUGAGGACAAUAUUUGUAUCAUUUGUAUGGACGAGUUAAUACAUUCCCCCAACCAGCAAACGUGGAAAAAUAAAAACAAGAAACCAAAAAGGUUACCUUGUGGCCAUAUACUUCAUUUGUCAUGCUUAAAAAACUGGAUGGAACGUUCUCAGACCUGUCCUAUUUGCAGGCUGCCUGUUUUUGAUGAAAAAGGUAAUGUCGUGCAAACCACUUUCACCACGCACACAGCCGCAACAGAUAACACCGGGAUAGCAACAAAUAGACAAGUUUUCGCGAACGAAGUAGAGCUACUUCCCACAAGAACAACUUCCCCUGAUAUAAGAAUAGUGCCUACUCAAAGCAUAGACACGUUAGCAGCAAGAACAAUGUCAACCUCUGCAUCAUCUACUACGUGGUAUACGUUCCCGUUACAACAAACUGACGAUAAUUCUGUUGAGUCAAGGCGAUCAGCGUACGAAUUUUUGAUGACAAAUUCAGAUGAGAAAGAAGAUAGUAUUCCAGUCAAAUUAAUAAUAGAAAGUCACGAAGUAAACUCUCUGCAGGGAGACGGGGGCCAACAAACUACCAAGAAGAAAAUUGUCAUACCUGAUAAAUAUAUCGAGCAUAUCUAG